GAGUCGAGGGAGGCUCAUGCUUUUCAAGGGUUGGAGGCUGGGGGGCAAGGGGAGUCAUGAGGGCUUACUAGGGAUUUGAGGAGCCCGUUCCGAAGAGGGGGACCGUCGAGCGCCCGGGCUUUCCCCGGGGAGUGGCCGCCCGUGCGUGAGAACGCCGGCCGGGGAAGGGGAAGCGGGCUUGAACUUUAAUCCGCCGCGGCUGUGUGUUCCUACACUUGCUCACACCUACCUGCAUACCUGGCUGUCUCCAACCAAGCCCAUCUACAUGGGCGGCGGGAAGCGUAGAAGCGGAGAGCGCGGCCGGCGUCAGACCCUAUGGCGGGACCUUGCCUGCGUCCCGGUCGUACCCCCUCCCUAGCAGUGACGGGCAGAUGGUCACAAUCAGCAGAGGCGCCCUCAAUCUUCUAACUUUAGGAGCUCUCGAGCUUUGGGGUCUCUUGUUGGCUGUGUGCCAGGCCUUGGAGAACAGCACGUCCGCUCUGAGUGCAGACCCGCCUGUGGCCGCAGCUGUGGUGUCCCAUUUUAAUGACUGCCCAGAUUCCCACAGUCAGUUCUGCUUCCAUGGAACCUGCAGGUUUUUGGUGCAGGAAGACAAGCCAGCGUGCGUCUGUCAUUCUGGGUAUGUGGGCGCGCGCUGUGAGCAUGCCGACCUCCUGGCCGUGGUGGCUGCCAGCCAGAAGAAGCAGGCCAUCACCGCCUUGGUGGUGGUCUCCAUCGUGGCCCUGGCCGUCCUCAUCAUCGCGUGUGUGCUGAUACACUGCUGCCAGGUCCGAAAACACUGUGAGUGGUGCCAGGCUCUCAUCUGCCGGCACGAGAAGCCCAGUGCCCUGCUGAAGGGAAGGACCGCUUGCUGCCACUCAGAAACAGUGGUCUGAAGAGCCCAGAGGGAGUUUGGCCAGGUAGACUGUGGCAGCCUGAGGAAGAAAGGACUUCUUCAGGACGAGCCGACAGACCUCCUACUCUGCCAGCAAUCACCUGUGCAGCCUUUCGUCUUUUGUGGGCCUUCCUUCACAACUCUGUCGAGAACUUUGUCUGCUUGGGGUUAUUUGGUGUGACCUAGAGAAGAAAUCAAUGGACCACGGUUUAAGGACUGGUCAAAAAAAGAAUUGCAAAAGGGUGGACUUCCUGUUUACCUAGCUAAGGUGCGUGCGUCUGCCGGCAUCGGAGCCCAGAUGUGUGUGCUGUCGUCUUCUGCUAGUCACGGACGCUGGGCCAUGUUUCUUUGUCAUGGGCCCAUCUCCCCACAACGGUAUCCAUCCUGCCCGGCCCCGGAGAUUGCCGUAGUUGAGUUUUUUCUCAUCCGUUUAUUGGAGAAGAAGGUGGAAAAAGGAUAACUGUUGGUUACAUGAAGAUGCCAAGUGUAAGAGGAGCCAUGAAUGUCCUCUGUCCACGAGCCCCUCAACCAGCCUGACGUCUUCCACAGACACACGACGCCGAGGACCUUCCCAAGCCGUCACCGGCCUUGGAGAUAAUUUCUUAUUUAUGUGAUGGAUGAUGGUUUCGUGUUUAAUCUCUUAAGUCAAUGUAAAAAGCAUAAAACCUUUUCAGACUUCUACAUUACUGAUGUAUGUAAUGCUGGCUGAGAAGUUAGCUGACUGCUUACCACCAUCUGGCCUCUUUGGGACAGCUAAGACUUGGGAAGAGCCCCCCGGGGGUGCAGAGAUGGAAACAGAGGAGGAGUUGCUGAUGAGAGCGAAGACUGGGGCUCAGGGGUCUUGCCAUUUAAGACACAACUCAAGGAAACAUCCCCCGAUACAUUCCAGUAGAAAAGGUAGCCAGUCCAGCAGCAGAGAUUGGUAGCUUUGUUGGGGGAGAGAGGAAGAGAGUGCCUGUGCGUGCACCGACCCGGAACAGACACGGGACUACCCUGCUCCCUGAUUAAGCGGAUUAACUUCCUGGUGCUCCCUCCAAGCACAUACGUUUAGAAAGAGAGCACAAGCAGCCACAGGCAUUUGGGACCGCAUCCAUGAAAGGGGGGCUGGUCAUUUACUUUCCAUGUUGUUGCUUGGUUGAUUUGUGGCUUUAUGUUUAAAAGGAGAAAUUUAA